UCUCUUAACGUUGGUUUGUCUUGCAGCAGCAGAAGAACCUAGAAGGAUAUGUCGGCUUUGCAAGCCUCCCCAACCAAGUGUAUAGGAAGUCGGUCAAGAGGGGCUUUGAGUUCACCCUGAUGGUCGUUGGUGAGUCGGGGUUGGGCAAAUCGACGUUGAUCAACUCUCUCUUCCUCACCGAUUUGUACUCGCCGGAGUAUCCCGGACCUUCUCAUCGAAUCAAGAAGACUGUCCAGGUGGAACAGUCCAAAGUGCUCAUCAAGGAAGGCGGCGUGCAGCUGUUGCUCACAAUCGUUGACACCCCCGGCUUUGGAGAUGCCGUUGACAACAGCAACUGCUGGCAGCCAAUCAUCGACCACAUCGAUAGCAAGUUCGAGGACUACCUGAACUCAGAAUCGCGGGUAAACAGACGGCAGAUGCCUGACAGCCGAAUUCAUUGCUGCCUUUACUUCAUCGCUCCCUCGGGACACGGCUUGAAGCCCCUGGAUAUCGAGUUCAUGAAGCGUCUGCAUGAGAAAGUCAACGUCAUCCCGCUGAUUGCCAAAGCAGAUACACUUACGCCAGAGGAAUGCCUGCAGUUCAAGAAGCAGAUCAUGCGGGAGAUUCAGGAGCACAAGAUCAAGAUCUACGAGUUCCCCGAGACAGAUGAUGAAGAGGAGAACCGUCUCGUGAAGAAGAUCAAGGACAAGCUGCCGUUGGCUGUGGUGGGCAGCAACACCAUCAUCGAGGUGAACAGCAAGCGCGUGCGGGGACGACAGUACCCCUGGGGAGUCGCAGAAGUUGAGAACAGUGACCACUGCGACUUCACCAUCCUCAGGGACAUGCUCAUCAGGACUCACAUGCAGGACUUGAAGGACGUGACAAACAACGUCCACUAUGAGAACUACCGCAGCAGGAAGCUGGCCGCCGUCACCUACAACGGCGUGGAGAACAACAGGGCCAAGGGACAACUGUCCACCAAACUUGACGCUGUCGAAGGAAUGAGUCCACUGGCCCAGAUGGAGGAGGAGCGGCGGGAGCAUGUGACCAAGAUGAAGAAGAUGGAGAUGGAGAUGGAGCAGGUGUUUGAGAUGAAAGUCAAGGAGAAAGUGCAGAAGCUCAAGGACUCUGAGGCAGAGCUUCAGCGGCGCCACGAGCAGAUGAAGAAGAACUUGGAGGCGCAGCACAAGGAGCUGGAGGAGAAGCGGCGCGUGUUUGAGGAGGAGCGAGCCAACUGGGAGGCCCAGCAGCGCCUGGAGCAGCAGAAACUGGAGGCCUCCAGAACUUUAGAGAAGAACAAAAAGAAAGGCAAGAUCUUUUAAAGAGACGGUCGUCACGGACCAACCGGCGUCCGCUUAGUUCUCUUUGCCAACGUUUGCCGCUCAGGGCAUCAUCAGUGUGUGGCACUGACGAACCCCCCCCCCCCCCCCCCCCCCCCGCAACCCCACCUUAACUCCAGCUUCCUCUUUCCCUUGUUCCCAUUCCUAUACCUUGUUUGUUGCUGUGUGUAUGUGUGUGUGUGUCUGACAAAUCCAUUGAAAAACACCCCUUACACACACAAUCUGGGGACUCAUCAUCAUUGAAGAAUGUGUUUACCAUAACAACCGUAAAACAUCAAAGUAGAAAAAGGCCAAACCAUUUGUUAUUAUUAUUAUUAUUAUUAUUACUGGUGUUGUUCUUACUGUUGUAAUACUGGCCCGGCUUCUUCCUGCUGCUUUCCCUUUUCCUACCAAGCAAGGUUUCUUUUUAAUUUACUGUACAUGUUUUUUUUUGGGGGGGGGGGGGACACGGUUGUACAAUCAUAUUUGUUUACAUGACACAAAUAAGAAUAUAUAUAUACCAUUACAAUUAGGCAGACACUCUUCCAUUUUUUGGUGCAGCGGGAAGAUUUUUUCUUUAAUGUACUGUACCCACUGAAACUGUUUAACCUUUCCCAAUUAAAAAAAGACUUUGGAAAAGAAAAAAAUAUCCCACCUCUGGCCUUUUUAUAGAUUCACUUGGCUUAAGCUUAUUUCCACAAUGUAACUUUUUUUUUCUUACCCACUCUUCUGUUUAGCCAUUUAACGCAAGCAUUGGACCACCAUUUAUAUAAUGUUGAAAGUAUUAUAUUUCUCUUUAGUUUUAUUUUUCUAUAUAAAUAUAUAACAAGCCAGCUGAAUUAAGGCCUGCUUUUGUACGUGUAGAAUACAAAAACUCCUCAGAGACGUGAGAGCUGCGUCCACUGUUUAUAAAGUUUUAUAAAUCAACAGACACCACAAAAUACGAGAUAAAAAUAUAUAAACAAAAGCAAAAAUAUUCAGUCGCGCUGCGUUCAACUGCCAGUGGGAAAUGAAGAGACAACACCAUGUUUUUUUGUUUUUGUUUUUUUCUUUUGGCUAUGUACUCCAUCUCUUGUAUUUUUAAUGUUAUUUUUCAUUUGUAUUGUACAAAGUCACUUAAUAAACCUGUGAUCAGA